UGCUCCUCUAGGCGUUCGUUCCGAUUUGCCGCCGGCCGCUUGCCUCGCGCCUUCGCCGUGUCGCCGUCGCCGGGCCCUAUCGCCAGCGCCAGUCGGCAGUCUGCAGCAGGCCGUCGUGCCCAGACGCCCAGUAGGCUCAGGCCGUCAGCCGCCCCGAUUUGUCCGGAGGCCGGGGGCAGUUUUUUUUCUUUGAGGUGGAGUACCAAAAACAUUCGGGAGCAAACUCCACUGGAUUCUGAUUGAGCAGAGCCACAUGGAGACGAGCCUGCUGAGAAGCCGUACCUUCGCUCCGCUCCCAUCGACGCCCCGGCCGGUCUCCUCCCAGCGCCGCCGCCGCCGCCGCCGGCUUCCCUCCAUAACAUUCUUCCCGCCGCAGCCUCCUCCGCCAAGCCGAGGGGACAGGAUAUGCAGCAGCGCAAUGCGGCAGCGGCAGGAGUGGGUGGGGGACUGGGUCCGGAGCAACGACACGCUCGUCCGCGCCCUCCCCAUCCUCGUCGGCGGCGCGUCGCUCCUCGCCGUCCUCCUCAACCGUGCCGUUUCCGGCAUCGCCGCCGUCUCCGACGCCUCCAGUUCGCAGUCGAGGGCGGACAUACUCACCUUGGCGCUCUCUGUAACUGAUAUUCUCGCCGGCCUUGUUUGGCUGUCAAUCCGCCCGAAAACCAUUUCUCAGGUCGUUCCUCGAGGUGUCAAUUGUAAGCGAGUAGAUGCGGAUGUAUCAAGUUCUGCUCUUCAUGAACUCCUUUGGACAUGGGAUUCCCUGACGGCUGCAACUUGUUGCAAAUCAUUGGUUGUUGUGUAUGGAGGUAAUUGCAUUCUUCAAAUUGGGGUUGCUGCAGCCUCUCUACAAGAUGGUAGUGCAGUUACUGUGGAUGCACAGAGGUUCAUCCAAGGCUCCCUUUACAAGAGUGCCAUGGAAUCCAAGAAGCAAUCGUAUCUAGCAAAUCUUGCUUUAUAUCCUGGAAGGACUGAGCUGCCAUUUCUACCAGCUAACACACAGGCUCUAAUAUUGCAGCCAAUUGGUGACAAAGGAAUUGCAGUUAUUGGUGGUGACACUAUAAGGGGCUUCACCAAUCUUGAUCAGGCAUGGAUUGGUAUGAUUGCAGACAAAUUGGAUGCUACAUUGUCAAAGUCUUAAGCUCACAUUCUUCUCUGGAUAUUCGAUUGAUGAUCAUUUCUCUCUUAAUUGGCCAUACACCCAGACCAUAUUUACUGGAUCCCAGAAGUCAUCAGGGUACGUGUGGGAGCUGAAACGGGAGUUUACAAAAGAACAUCUUCCACACCCUAACAUUACAGACUCGGCAUUUGGCGAAAUUUGGUUGACCAAAAUUAUGGGAUUAUAUAUAUGCCCAACCGCUAACAACGUGCAUGAUCCAUCCUUUCAAAGUUUCUGAAAUGAAUCACAAAUGAGGAAGCAGCUGCCCUGCUUUUCAAUCUGGCAGUUAAGGCUUUAGCCCUGAUUUUAGAAAACGCAGAGCAAGGUGCGUUUACUAUAUGUGUGGUGCCUAAUUUGUUGAUACUGUUACCAUGGUGGAGCCAUCUGAUCAAACAUUCUAGUACAUUUGAAAUUCUUGCUGUACUACUUUGAGGCAGUGUCAGGAAUGCAUAUCAACUAUCAUAAGAGUGAAGUUAUGAUAA